AUGCAGAACGGCUCGGUGGAGUGCGCCUCAGGACCGGCCGAGCGGAUCUCCCUGGCGGCUCUGUACUCGCUCAUGUGCGCGAUCGGAACCCUGUUGAAUCUUCUCGUCAUCGGUCUGGUUCUGAGCUUCAAGAAGCUGCGCACGGCGAGUAACGCGUUCAUAGCGAACGGCUGCGCGGCUGAUCUGCUCGUGUGCGCGGUUUGGAUGCCGCACGAAGCCGUCAUCGCCGCGUCGGUGCCGCCGGUCACCUCUCCGGUGCUGCCGGGCACCCGGGACGCGCUGCUCCUCGUGGGGGCCACAGUGUCCCUCCUGUCCCACAGUCUAAUCGCAGUGAACAGGUACGUGCUGAUCACGAAGCCCCCUGCUGCGUAUCAAGCGCUUUACCAGAAGAAACGCGCGCAGGGGAUGAUCGCCGGGUCCUGGCUCUUGUCGGUGGCGUGUCUGGUACCGUGGCUGGUUGUGUCGCGCCGGCCCGAGGUCGCCUGCGGGAUGCUGACGGACUCGUGGGCUGCGGGCACUCUGUGCCUCAUUAUUGUCGCCCAGACGGGCGUGAUUUCCUACUGCUACUUUAAAAUCUUCCGGCGUGUGCAGAUCAGCGCCAAGCGAGUCAGCGUGCUGCACUUCCAGCUCGUCAACAACCUGCCCUACACGUUCCCCAGGAAGGACAAGCGGCUCGGGGUGCAUGUGCUGGCCGUGUGCAUGGUGGCCGUGCUGACCACCGAGCCCGUGCUCUGGACGCUCGCUGUUGGGCUCUUUGCGCGCGUUCCGGCGGCGCUGCGGACGUGCGCCUGGCUCCUGUUCUGCACCGUCUUCGUGUCCGACCCGUUCCUCUACACGUGGAAGAACGAGGAGUUCAGGAAGGCCUUCAGGUCCGUGCUGAGGAGGGACUUCUGGCGCGGAACGGCCGUGGCAGCCGAGCCCAUCACCGUCAGCACCGUGGCGCACGUUUUUCCACGACAGAACAGCAGAAGAGCGUUUUUAUCCGCCGACAUGAGCUGA